ACACUACCAUUGCACUGGCAACGCUGCCGAGAUGUGCAAGUCGUAUAUACACAAAGAAAAUUGAUAAAAAAAAAUUCAAAUAUAAAUCAUGAAAUUCUUAGCAAACAACUGCUAAUGCACUCAAAUCACUUAUCACCGCUAGCACCGAGCACAAAACCGCACACCAUUCAGACCGCAGGGGUCGCGCCCGCACACACACCCACACCAAACGCCAACAAAAUGCAUGCCGCCUCGAUGACGUCGGUGGAGGUGCUGCUGAACGAGUUCUACCAGCCGACGACGAGCAAUGCCCGAAAACGUGAGAUCGAAACCAAUUUGUUGGCAUUCAAAUCGCAGCCGGAGGCCUGGCAGCUGUGCCUGCGCGUCGCAACCGCUAGCAAUAGCUUUACAGAGAAUCAAUUCCUAUGGUUCUUUAGCACCUCAACGCUGGAGCAUACGAUAACGCGCCGCUGGACACAGCUGACGGCGGCGGAUCGUACGCUGUUGCGCGAAACGCUCUGGCAUAGCUAUGCCCAGCUGGUGGUGCUCACCGGCGCCCGACGGCAUCGGGAUACAUUGGCGCAGCUAAUUGCGCUGCUGGGCAAACGUGAAUUUCCCGAACAGGAUCCCAAUUAUAUGCAGCACUGCAUGGAGCUGACCAAGACACGUUUCUGUCUGGGCAUCAAUCUGUUGCGCGUCACAUCCGAAGAGGUGGUCAGCAAUCGCGGCGACCUGACCACCGAAUGGAAGCAAUACUUUCACUCAUGCGUUUCCAUGUGUAUACCCGAUGUUCUGGAGCUGCUCACCAAAUAUCUACUAAUCGCUGUCUGUCAUAUCAAUGGCAAAGACAUACACACGACCAUACCCAGCACCUUCAUGGAUUUCAGUCUAACCACAGCGCUGCCAAAUGACAAUCAAUUAAGUUCCUCUGUACUGGAGCUGCUCAGCUGUGUACAGCAUUUGGUCAGCUGGAUAUGCACCGAACUGAUCUCGGAAUACUUCCUAAUGAGCAUACUUGAUUUAUCGCAAUGGCGUCAAAACAAUGAGCCCAUCUCCCUGGCCGCCCUCUCGGUGCUAAACGAGCUGCUCUAUCUGCAAAAGGUGUUGCCCUUUGCCGGUACAUUGAUGAACGGCGUCAGCGGCCUGCUGGAACAGCAUAAUCGUAGCAAACAACAGAGCGAAAUGUAUAGCGAUAAGUUUCGUGAACUGUUGCGUUUGUAUACCACCAAAUAUGCGGCGAAAUUGUUUCAGGAGCCCGAAGUGCUUGAGCCAUUUCUUAAUCAACUUUAUCGCUGCACCACCAAAUUACACGGCGCUCUAGACUUUACCGAAAAGCUGGACAUUUGGACGCCCAUCAUCAAGGUGAUUGCAGAGCAGCCAACGCAGAUGACGGCCUUUCAUGGUGAUAUGAUGAUGAAGCUGGUGGAUGAGAUAAUGCGACGUACACAAUUUGAGAUUAACAAGCCCGAGCUGGAGCUGCUGGACAAUGAGCUCAUGGAGGACGAUCAAACACCGACAACGGAAUGGCAACAGUUUCUGGACCAGUGCUUCGAAUGCCUGGCCCUGCUGGCAAGCACACGCGGUGCACACAUCGUGUUUGCCCAAGUCUUUGCCCAUUGGUCCCGUCCGCAGACUUAUCUGUUGUCGCUGGAACUGGCCCUGGAUCAUGGCAGCGGACGUUGUUAUGAGAUGGCACGUAAACUGAAAACGGCAAAUGUUGGCGAAAUAUUGCGUGAUUUUGCGACCGUGUGUCAGGCCGUGGUGCGUCUGGCUCCACUCAUGGAUCCAACGCAAGCGGCAGCCGAUGUUAGGGGCGAAAUGGAGAGCCAGCUGCAGGUGCUAUCGGAUCGUUUGCUGCAAACGCUGCAUCUGCUCGCCAGCAAUCGCGUCGGCGGAAGCGAAGCGGAAAAGGCGAGCUUCCAGACCGAUAUGGACAAUCUUUACGCUCAAGUUCUAAUGGCCAUACGCAGCAUAUUUCCGCUGUCGCGUUGUCUCAAUAGCGAACAGCUGCUGCAUCGACUCUUUGCCGUAUUGGGCAGCAUAUUUGCGGGCAAUCCAUCGCCAUCGGCGGGUUCACCGAUUGUACAGCAGGCGGCGAGCGAGGUGCUGCUUUUUAUAGCGACUGUGAUACGACCCAAAUGUCUGCUGGAUAUACCCGAAAUACAGAGCCUAAUGCAGGCGGGACCACGGCUGGGCGCCCAACUACCGCGUCAGGUGUGCGUCAAUGUGCACAUCAGUCUGGUCAGCUAUAUGGUGUUGCCCUGGAAGAAUGUGCCCGAACUGCAGCAGGAUUAUCAGCGUCGUCAAUGGAUGUUGCGGGAGUAUAUCGAUGCAUUGUCACGCAAUUUCCUUGAGCUCGAACUGCCCGCCGCGGGCGAGAGCAAAGUGGCGGCCACAACGCUCAGCCUGUUGGGCACCUUUACGUCGCUCAUCGAGCACUUCAAGGCGACGGGCGCUCAUGCCAAGGAUAUGCUGGCGCACACCUUUAAGCCCAUUUUGAACAAGGCGCUGGUUAUCUUCAAUAGCUUUGGAUUGAGCAGCAUUGCCAUGGCCAUUACCGUCGCCGACUUCAGUCUGAGCAUGCUGCGCACCCUGCCCAUACAUUUGGGUGCACAAUUCAUCAGGGAGAUGAUCACAUUGUUCAUCGAUGUCAGCAGCAGGGAACAAUUGACGCUCAGCCGGCUGGCUGUUAUGGAGAAGGUGUUGCAAAUGUUUCAGCUAAUUGUGGAGCAGCCGGGCAACGGGUCACUGGUGCUGAUGCCCAGCAUUUUGACGUUUAGCACACAACAGAUAUUGCCGCUGCUGCAGCAACAGAAUGCGGCAACGGAUAGCAGCGAGAUAACCAGCCUGCUAUUUGCGCUCUUCGACAGCGUGCUCACCUGCAAGUGGCAAUUCUUCUACAAGAAUCAGCUGAGCAAUGGCCAUGGCAAUGGUCAUGCCAAUGGACAGCAGCAGUCAACGGCGUCAUCGCCGCCGCACAAUUUCAAUUGCAGCGACAAUCUGCAUCCGGAACACUUUAUGGCCAUUAUGAAUGCGUAUGGCCAGAUGCUGGUCAGCGGCACAGAUCCCAGUAAUGUGCGCAGCGUUUUGGUCUCCAUGCAGAAUGUGAACGAACGGAGUCGCCUCUAUCAGCGGGCCCUGUUCAAGGAGCAGCUGUUGGCCUCCUUUCAGCGGGCGCUGCUCAAUCUGCUGUCGAGCGGCGAGGGUGCGCUCCACUGUGAUCUGAUUGCACAGGCACUGUAUGCCAUGGGUCAGGUGGAUCGUCGCCAGCUGCACGAGAGCUUCGUGAAUGCGGCAUUGCCAGUUCCGCAAACAGCGCUCGAGGAAAUAUGCCAGACAACUGACAUUCCAACGUUUACGCAGAAACUGACGCAGCUCAUGCAGGACGCGCACUGCGCGCAUCUCAAUGAGACGACGUAAGCGAAUGCGCCAAAUGGAAAAAAAAAAAAAAGAAAAAGAGAAACACAUCAAGGAACACCCGCACACCGAAACAAUCCCUCAUCGUGUCUUCGUCCCUGUUAUAUCAUGUUGUUUUGUAUAUAUGUACUUGUGCGAGUCUAGAUAUAUAUCUAUAUUUAUAUAUAUAUGUAUAUAUAUAUAUAAAUGCAUAUAUAGAUAUUUGCGAUAACUGUGCUGUCGGGCCAGCCAGUGUCCCCUUUCCCUGCUGGUGUGUUCCUGUAUAACUAUAUUUAUGCAACUUCUGUGGUUUUUAUGUCCUCGUCAUAAGUCUGUUGAGGUCUAUUGAGAAAUUCACAAACAAUUUAUAAAAGACAAUGUUAGCUUGUAAUGCGAUUCCGUUAUAUAAAGAAAGAGAAAAAGAUCAAGAAAAUCAGAAAGAAAAUAAACAAAAAAAAGAAACAGAAAACAAAUUUAAGCAAAAUAAACUAUUAUAAUGCCCAUAUACUAUA